UAUUAUAAUUACUAUCUCUCUCUACACAACAACUAUUUCUUAGCCAACAUCUUCUCAUCAUCCUUCAAUGGUUAUAGAAGGAGAAGUGGGGCCAAGGGUUAUUCUAACAGCACCCUUAUCAUUGGAGGAGGAAUCAAAAGAUGCUGACUACAGAGCACCUAAUCUGCUCCAACGAAUUUUAAGCCUUUUCAGCAGUGUACGGCCAGGAUCUGAUCUCACACGUAUUCAGCUACCUCCAUUAUUCAACCUCCCAAAAUCACAGCUGCAAUGCUAUGGGGAACAAGUGUAUUGUAUCAACAAUGACAUGUUAAGCAAGUGUGGAAAAGGGGAGAAUUCACUUGAAAGGUUGAAAUCAGUGGUGGGUUGGAGCAUAUCCACUUUGAGGCCUUUAAUGUUUGGUGUGGCUCCUUAUAAUCCUAUUCUUGGUGAGACUCAUCAUGUCUCUAGAGCCUCUCUCAAUGUCCUCUUGGAACAGGUGUCCCACCAUCCAUCAGUGACUGCUCUUCAUGCAACUGAUGAGAAAGAGAAUAUUGAAAUGAUAUGGUGCCAUAAUCCUGUCCCAAAGUUCUAUGGUACAAAAAUUGUAACUGAGGUACAUGGAAAAAAGGAGUUGAGGCUUCUAAAUAAACAAGAAAAUUAUGUGAUGAACUCACCAAAAUUGGUGAUUAAACUUCUUCCAUAUCCUGGUGUUGAUUGGAUUGGAAAUAUAACAAUUAAGUGUGAAGAAAGUGAUCUUCAAGCUGAUUUAUGUUACCAAGGAGCUUCUUUCUUAAGCAACAAAGGAUAUAGAUCAAUUAAAGGCAAGAUUUUUGUCACUUCAACUUCAAAGACAAUUUGUGAGAUCAAUGGACGUUGGGAUAGUGUGACAACUAAGGAUAUAACUACAGGAAAAGUGAAUGAGAUUUACAAUGCAAUGGAAUCACUAUCUGGAAUGAAGACUCCUAUUGUGAAAGAUCCAAAGGUAAUAUUUCUUUAAUUCUU